AUGGAGGAAGGAGGUUGGAAGCCAGUGAUACGCAAGCACGGAGGUGCAAGGAGUAUGCAUCAAAGAUCGGAGUCAGGCAUCUACAUUGUUUUUGUUGACAACCUACUAGAGUCAAUGGAACCCAAAGGGCUGUAUACUUUGUUCAACAACUUCGGAGUGGUGCAAGAUGUAUUCAUACCCCAUAAAAGAAGGAAGAUGACGCGCUCAAGGUUUGGAUUUGUGAGAUAUAAUUGUUCAAUUGCAGCAAGCAUGGCAGUCCAGAAAGCAAAUGGAUUAUGGUGUGAUAACAGAGCUUUGAAAGUGAAAGCUGUAGAUUUUGUUAGACGUAAAGAAGCACAUAAAAGGCCUCUAUAUCUACCAACUCAAAGACAGGAUAUGAGAGGUGCUGGACAGGUUUCUUGGAAGAUAAAAGGUAAGGAAUUUUAUGCCCAUGUUGUAAGUGGAAAAAGAUCUAUCGCUAGUGCAAACUUAACUCUCAAAGUAUAUGAAGUAGGGAAUGGAUGGUUGUACAAUAGUGCAAUUGUGUGA